AUGAGCCUGUUAUUCAUUAAUGAGGAGGAUGAUAUGACUCCCGAACCAUAUAAACCAUCAACAUCUACAAUCAGGGAGGAAGAAGAAGAAGUGCAAGUGAAACAAGAAUUUCCAGACGAGAAGAUGGUUGAUCCAGAUGAAGAUGAUCCAAUAGUCGAAUCGAUACCAUUACUUAUAAACACAGUACCAGAAAGGGCGAAACAGUCAUUACAUGUUUUGCAAUAUGCCGGUCGACCCAAAUCACGCCCAAAUAGAGCUGGAAAUUGCCAUGCCUCAAUAAAACCAGAAUCACAAUAUCUUCAAGUGAAAGUACCCCUUGAUACUGAAAAAUUCUUUAACGUCGACAAAAUUCAAGAAUGGGGUGAACAAAUUGUUGAACAAACCAUUCUGGGUGUGCUAGAUGGGUCUUAUGAAGUAGGAAACUAUGCUGCAAAAAUAAUAAAUGACAGCGAUGGAAGAAGAGUUGUAUUGAUUCCAGUGGAUAGUACAGUCCAAUUAAAACCUUCAUUCAAGUACAUUGACGAUUUGGAAGCCCAAAGUAUCCAACAAAGAAGACAACAAGAGAGUACUAAUGAAAAACCAGCAAAUGUCCAAAUUUUACAAUCAGCUGCUAAGCAUUCUACUCAAUCUGGAGAAUUUCUGCAUUCUUUGGGAGACUCAUUGAAACUGGUAAAGCAUUUUGAAGAAGAGGAAUGGCAAAAUCUAAUUUGGAAAAGAGGCGAUGAUGAUGUAACCAAGAGUAUAAAGUUUGGUUUAGAUCACCACACAGAUACUAAUAUUGAAUUAAAAACAAACACUUCAUAUGAUGAAUACAUAGACAUGUUAAUAAAUAACUGA